UGUUAUGGAGAGUUAGUGCGAAAGUGUGAGGGUGUGGUGACGGAAAAAUAUGAGUUUUAUACGCAAAGGAUAAAACUAUGUUGCUUUAGGUGCUUGUGGAAUAUUCACAAUGGCCACUACAAGUGGAUACGAUCGCGGAUUCAUAGGUGGUUGCCUGCCGGAGGAUGGGGUGCCGGAUAUGACUGUGAUUAGUGAUAUAGAUGAGCAAGGCAUCAAUACUAACCUCAAGACACGAUAUCGGAGGGAUCAUAUAUACACCUACACAGGCACUAUUUUGGUUGCUGUGAAUCCAUACAAGGAACUCUCCAUCUAUGAAACGAGCUGGGUGCUACAGUACAGUGGCAAAAAAAUUGGCCAACAAGAUCCUCAUGUUUUUGCAAUAGCAGAAGCUGCCUACAAUAGUCUCCAAACAUUAAAUACUAAUCAAGCUUGUGUGAUUAGUGGUGAAAGUGGUGCGGGAAAGACUGAAACUACAAAAUUCAUCCUACAGUACUUGUGUACAGUAACAACGAAUGUUUCAACAUGGAUUGAACAACAAAUUUUAGAAGCAAAUACUAUUUUAGAAGCCUUUGGCAAUGCAAAGACUGUUCGGAAUGAUAACUCAAGCAGGUUUGGUAAAUUUAUUCAAGUGUGCUUUGACUCCAGGUACCAAAUUAAAGGUUGCAUUAUUCAGGACUACCUUCUUGAGCAAUCUCGCAUCACAUUCCAAUCUCGUGGAGAAAGGAAUUACCAUGUUUUUUACCAGCUUGUUGCUGGUGCACAACGCAACAGAGACUUGAGGGAGCAGUUCAUGAUUGGUACUGCUGAAUCUUACACAUACCUUAACCAAAGCAAUUGUAUUAAAAUUGAAGGUGUGGAAGAUGCAUCUAUGUUUGAUGCCCUUAGACUUGCUAUGUCAGUUUUGAAUGUGCCAGUGGACAUGUGUGAUGGUAUAUUUAGUGUACUUAGUUCCAUCCUUUGGCUGGGAAAUCUCAACUUUCAAGAUGUGGAUGGUGAAAAGUGCAAUUUGACUACUGAAGAUGAGGAAAUUAUUAUGACUGUUGCCACACUUCUUGGACUACCUCCAGAAGAACUAACUCAGGUUUCCCUCCAACGGCAAAUUAACGUCCGGGGCAAUGUCACAGAAAUUCCUUUAAAAAUCAGUGAAGCUAGAGAAAACAGGCAUGCUAUGGCAAAAGCUUUGUACUCUCGCACAUUUGCCUGGAUAGUUAAUUAUAUCAAUACAUGCACAAAUCCUGGUCAAGAUAGUGAAAGAUUUCUUGGGGUUUUGGACAUUUUUGGUUUCGAAAAUUUUGAUGUAAAUAGCUUUGAACAACUAUGCAUAAAUUAUACUAAUGAAAAACUUCAUAAGUUUUUCAACCAUUAUGUUUUUGCCUUGGAACAGGAAAUAUAUCAUGAAGAAGGCAUCGUAUAUUCUCAUAUUACGUUCACUGAUAAUACUCCAUGUCUUGAACUUUUAGAAAAGCCACCAAAAUGUGUUCUAAGAUUACUUUCAGAAGAAUGCAGAAUGCCUGGGGGCACUGACUUAACAUAUGUUGGUAAAUUGCAUCAAGAGUUUGAUGGGCAUGAAAAUUAUGUUAAAGGAGAUGACAGACGUCGCUGGGAAUCAGAGUUUGGAAUUAAACACUAUGCAGGUGAUGUUGUAUAUACAGUUGAAGGAUUUCUGGAGAAAAACAAAGAUGUUCAACAAGAUCAGCUUUUUGAGCUCAUGCAGAAAUCUGCAAAUUCUUUUGUUCAAGAGCUUACUAAGUUCCAGGAUUUAUUAAGUGUUACCGUAAAUCGCCUUAAAUCGGCUGCUACAAUAUCACGGACCAUGACUAAAGGGAAGCCAACUGUAGCUGAUGCUUUUCGUCAUCAACUUACUGCUCUUGUUGAUGUACUGCAUUCUACUAAUCCCUGGUAUGUACGUUGCAUAAAGCCAAAUACAAAAAAAGCUGCCAACAACUAUGAUGAAACUCAAGUUUUGACUCAACUAAGAUACCUUGGCAUGCUAGAUAUCAUAAGGAUACGUAAAGAAGGUUUUCCCAUUCAUACUACAUUUAGGGAGUUUCUUUUAAGAUAUCGAUGUUUAGUCAGAAAAAAGAAAAUGCCUGAAGAUCCAGUGCAAGCUGUACGAGCAAUUUUGUCAAUGAUGAAUUUUCCAACAACUGAAUGGCAAAUUGGGAAAACUAAAGUAUUUUUGAGAGGAAGCAUAUAUGAACCUCUUGAAGAUCAAAGAAAAGUGUUAAUGGUUGAAAUGGCCAUUAUUGUUCAGAAAGUUUGGAGGGGUUAUGUUUGCAGAAAAUAUUUCCAGAGGCAUCGAAAUGCUGCAAUAACUAUUCAACGGUAUUUUCGAGGUCAUUUCCAAAGGAUUCAUUAUAUGCACAUACGGCGAGCUUCUAUUACUAUACAAGCUUAUGUCCGAGGUAUGUUUGCAAGAGAAGUUGCUGCAGCUUUGAGAGAGAUGCGAAGAGUUGAAGAAGAAAUGAGAAGGAAAGAACAAGAGGAGGAAGAGAGGAAAAGACAAGAGCAAGAAAAGUUAGAGAUGGAAGAGCAGGAAAGAGCUGCCCUUGAAGAAUCAAUUAUCCGGCAAUUGGAAGAGGAUGGAGGGGCAACCCAGAAAGAGUUGGCUGCUAUUGCAUCUCUUGUUGAGCACAAUGUCAAACGUGCACAGGAAGCAUCUGAAUGCCUGGAUCUGGAUGAAAUGUUUUCUUUCUUAAGUGAUGUGCAAGAAACUAAACCAAAUAUUCAAGAUUAUGUGUCUGAAAUUGGCCAGCAGAUGGAGGCUCUACUUCAAGAUGUUGAAGAAGAAGAAAAUAGCCAAAUAGCAGAUGCCCAAGCGAGGACACCUGAAGCCUCGCCUAGCCCUCUGCCUCCACCAGGUUCUAGUCCUAUUACGUCUGGCUCCCAUUCACCAGUGAGGUCUCCUAGUGCUGCAUCAGAUCAUAGGGAUUCUCCAUCGCCUCUUCCCCCACCUAUGUCACCAGUAGGACUAGUCAAUGGUGAUAUGCACAAAUCUCCUUCAACUGGGAGAAAGGUCCAGUCUCCAUCAUCUCAAGGAGUAGUUUACAGAGAAAGGCAUACCUCAGGCCGAGGAACACCGGAAUCUGGAGAAAGUCAGAUGAAGGGUACUAAACGUUUGCAUAUUGUUGAUCCAGAUAAUCCUGAAAGAGAACUAAGGAGAAAACAGCGUGUUGAAAAAAGACUAAUAGAACGUGAAGCUGAAGAUAAAAUAAAUGGGGAAGAUGAUGAAAAUUACUUUGACAUGAUUGAGUUUGCUGAAAAGUAUUUUAAUUGUCAUAUGAGAGAAUAUGGUGGAACUGUCAUGAAAACGUUGACAAGGAGAAGAAAAUCAUCUGGUGAUAUGAUCCCCAAAUAUGAAAUGGUAACUUACACGCGAAACAGUACGAUACCUACAUCACAUGUUCAUAUGUAUGACCCUGAGAACAUUCAGCUCUCAUGUACCAUCUUCAAAGAACUUUGUAGGUAUCUUCGUGGUGACUUGAAAGCUGAAGGCGAAGUUCAAGCAAUCCAAUCUAUUGUUGGAUAUGGCAUUGACAGGGAAGAACUAAGGGAUGAAAUAUUAGUACAACUUGUUCGGCAGUCAACUAAUAAUCCCUGUAGGGAAUCGACUCUCAGAGCCUGGCUGCUCAUGUGCUUGUGUGUUGUUGCAUUUUAUCCUAGCAAAACAUUUAAUAAAUACUUUAACAGUUUCUUACGGAAAAACCUUCGUGAAGAUACUACGAUUGCAAGGUAUGCACAGUGGUGCCUAGAUCACAUUCAUAGUACCAAAGUUACACCACGAAAGAUGCCUCCAUCAUCUCUAGAAAUAAGUGCUGUUAGAAAUCUUGGAAAUUUGGUUUGUAGAUUUUAUUUCAUGGAUGGAAGAACAAAGGCUAUUGAUGUGCAACCAUCUGAUACUGCAAUGGAUGCUAUGCAACAACUAGCAAUUAAAACUGGAUUGAGGAGCCUUGAUGGAUGGGCUUUAUAUGAAAGUACACCAGAAUAUGAACAUGUGAUAAAAGGAUAUGAGUACCUAGCAGAUAUCAUUACUAAUUGGGAGUUCUGCCAAAGGAGUUCUGCUACUUUUAGCAAAUACAAUACUUUAUCUAGACGAGGACCCACACUGGCAUUGGGAGGUGGUGAAUGUCGAUUUUUGUUCCGCAAAAGACUCUUCCGAAAUCCUCGUGAAAUUCCUCAAGAUCCUGUAGAAGUUAAUCUCCUUUUUGCACAAGCUGUUCAUGGUGUUGUAAAGGCUGAUGAAUAUCCAAUAAACGAAAGAGUUGGAUUACAAUUAGCAGGUUUGCAAGCUCAGGUACUUUUGGGUGAACCUCAAGAAGCUAAAGUUGAGAGGUAUAAUGAAGUUGGUAACUUCCUGUGCCACAGAAUAAGAAAAACUAGAAGGGAUGUAGACUGGAUACCAGAUUUGGCUGAUGCUCAUAAGAUAUAUGGCAGUGGCAAAUCUGAACUUGUGGCAAAAGUUUGGUACUUGUCAGUUGUUAUGCAGUAUCCAUUAUAUGGCACAACUUUAUUUCCUGUUACAUACAAAGGUUACCUUUCAUAUGGUCAUAAGCUGCUGCUUGGUGUUAGUGCUGAAGGAAUUUUGAUGGUGAAUUUAUUAGACAAAGGCAUUUUGAAUGCUUAUAGAUAUUGUGAUGUUGAAUCUGUGAUGGUUGAUCCCAGUGAUGAUCUAGUGACAAUAAAUCUAAUAAAAACUCUUCCAGACACACAUAAAUGUUUUAUCUUUGAAACUAGUCAGAAAAAUGAAGUUGCAAAUCUUAUUGCAAGCUAUUCUCCAGCACAUGCAAACUGGUUACGACCAACUUAUGAGCUUGGCUGGCGAGUAAAACUGACAUUUGAGGAUCGUCAAAAGCUAUAUCACGAUGUAGUCAAUUGCAGAAGAGCUCUAGUUGAUAUAGGUUUAGUGAGAAAACCACAGGAAGAAAAUAUUGGUUUAUUUCGGAGUACUCUAAGAAGAUUCAAUCGUGGUAAGAUGGAGAAACUGAGGCAAGAUUUUGGGAACAUUGAGGAGAGUUACAAAUCUUUCCGGCACAGUCAUUGGGCUUUCAGUAAAUCACCGUUAACCCAUAGUAUCAGCAUUAUUCAUGAACCAGAAAAUGAAGACACUGCUUUGCAUGUAUUUUCAUCAAUUCUUGCUUAUUCUGGAUUACUUGAACAAGAAGACACAGAAUGGCUUGGAGAAAGGGACCAUUUACAGUUAGCCCAAUCAAUUUUAGAUAGAUGUAUGAAAAAAGAAGUACUUCUCAAUGAAUUGUUCUUGCAGCUUAUAAAGCAAACUACAGAUCAUCCUGAUGCAAACAGCAGGGUGAAUUUGAGGCACUGGCAACUGAUGUCACUUGCAUGCAGUGUUGCUGCUCCCACAGAUAGACUUAUUAUAAGUUACCUUCAUGCUCAUCUACGUCGGUGUUCUAUAGAUGAGGUUACUGAAGAGGGGCAGUAUGCACAGUUCUCCCUUAGGUGUCUCAUGAGAUCUUUAGAAACUCAUGGUCGACGCUGGCCUCCUUCGAAACAAGAGAUAGGCUGCACCAUAAGCAGGAGACCCGUGCAUGCUAGAAUAUACUUCCUAGAUGGGCAGUUUCAGCCUGUUGAGUUUGACCCAUGUGCCUCAAUGGGAGAAGUUUUGGAAAUGGUUAGAUCAAAAAUUGAUUUACGUCCAAGAGUAGAAGGUUAUGCUUUAUAUGAAGUGAUCGGAACCAAUGAGAGAGCUUUACUACCUGAAGAAAAGAUUUGCGAUACCAUGGCAAAAUGGGAAAGGUACCAGCAAGGUCAAAGCAAAGUCACUGCCAAUAGAAAACAGCAUUUCUUUUUAUUUAAAAAACAUUUAUUCUUGGAUGCAUACAUUGACCUUACUGACAGAGUUGAGAAAGAGCUUCUUUAUCACCAAAUUGUUCAUAAUAUUCGGCAUGACAGAUUCCCAGUAACAGAACAAGAAGCUGUCAUGCUGUGUGCUUUGAAAGCUCAGCUUGAUGUUGGAGACUGCCAGCAAGGAACUCUGGAUUACAAGAGAGUCAUGUGUGAAUGCCUACCACCUAGAAUAAUGAUGCAAAUAUCGCCAGAAGCUGUAGAGACUCAACAUCGAAUUCUGGCUGGAAUGGAUGUAGAGCAAAGCAAAGCUGGCUUCUUGAUGUUAGUUCAGUCUUGGCCUCUGUACAGAGCUACCAUUUUUGAAGUGAUGCAAUCUUAUACUUCUUCGUGGCCAAAAGCCUUAUGGUUAGCAGUGGAUCAAGUAGGAAUACAUCUCUUGGAACUUAGAUCUAGGAAUGUUCUUUGUACUUGUGAAUAUGAGAGUAUCAUAAACUACAGCCCAUCUCUGAACAGCUUGAUGAUUGUGACAGGAACUGGCCGAAAAGGAUCGAAAUAUAUAUUUUCUACCAAUCAGGCCACUCAAAUUGCCCAUCUCAUCAAAGAUUACACCAAUGUGAUAGCUAUGAAACGAAAGCCUGUGGAAGUAGCAAGACGUCGCAGAACACAGGAACUCCACGAUGGAGUGCCUCAAAAAAGCCAUCGCCCUGUCAGUAUUCUGUACAAGCCUCCACCACCAUUAGUUAACAAUGAACCUGUGUGAGAUAAUAAAAUGAUAAGUGGAAAGGAGUGCCUUCCAUAAAGAUUUCCAUGAACAAGGAGAAAACUGGAUCCAAAAGAGUUGCUACUCCUAUAUGUAAAAUAAUGUUUGAGACUUCUAUUUAAAGUGAUCAUCUGUAUUGAGCUGUGUUUUGACAAAUGACUAAGGGUUGAACUGUUUUAUAAUUUAUCCCAUUCCAGUAUUGGUUAAUGACUUCUCUUAGAUUUAAAUGGACACUUUACCAUUAUAUGAAGAAGAUAAAUUAUACAUGUUCAUCAUCACUGACCAGUUUUUAAUUUUUUAUUUAUUGAUACUUUUGUAUCAUUUUUUAAAUUUAAUUUAUAAAAUGUACUAAAAUGCACUGUUUGUUCUUUGAUAUGAGAUGUCGAAUACUUGUCAUUAUCGGUGCUGGUGCAAUGAUUUACAUAAUAUUUUACAGAUUUUUUUAUUUUGCUCUUUAAGGCUUUUAUAUUUUAUUUUCAUGUAGAUGCAAAUCUAAACGUACAAUUUUUUUAAUGUGUUAUAUUUCUUUAUUCAGUAAAUGUGUGUGUUGUCUUAGUUUGCUAAGUGAGAAAAGCAUAGGUUAAGACUCAGUUAUCUCUAUACGGAUAUCUCUCAUGCUCAAAAUGCCAUGGUGUGUGUUCUAAAUGGCUCAUCAUUAUUGCCUGUGAUGUUUGAUAAUUUAAGCUUUACCCUACCUUGUGUGCAAAGUCAUCUGCCAGAUAUUUUUCAUCCAUUUUUGCCUGCCUAGUUGCGAGGUGCUGUGUCAAUUUUACACUGCUUAAAGUGUGGUUUAGCGAACCUGGGGUCAGUAGAAAAUGCUAAAUAGCUGCAAAAUUAUUAGAUGUAGUGAGAAACGGUAUAGUGAAAUAUUUUUCUUAUCCUGAUUGAUUUUAUCUCAUUGAGUUUCAAUGUACCUUUCAGUAUAAUGAGUGUUAUGAAAGCAAAGCUUAAAAUUUACAUCAUCCGUUAAAAAUCUAUGUAGCAUUUUAGAACAUUAAGGAUAUAUUUAAAAAAAAAAAAAAAAGAGUUCUUAUAAAAAUAAACAUAUAAUUUAGAUUUGUAAAUGUGAAGAAAUUUUUAAACAUAUUUUUUAUUUUUAGAGAAUUAGAAAAUAUAAAUUUGAAUUUUUAUGCAGAGAUCUAUUUCACUAUGCCUUGUUUCAUACUUGAAAGCAUAUUUUUUUUCUUUCAUUUUCAUAUAAAAGUACCAAUUGUUUUUGUCUGAUGGCUAUUUAUACCAUACUUGAGGUGCCAUACUGUGGGACAGCCAAAGAACUUUUACUCAGUGCCAAGAUUUCAUGCUGUCUCACUAUGCAAUUGGAAAUGGGCUUUUAGGAUAUGUAUGUUUGUAAGAAAGGAAUGUAUACCAUCUUGGCCUUUCCAUGCAGUACUGUGGUACCAAGAAGUCCACCGUAGCGAUGAAAUGUGCACUAAUACUAUUAGAUUAAGAACAGUGCAAACAGCAACCUUUCUAAGUGUGAAUACCAUGUAUCCAUGUUUCAAGUUUUUAUAUGAGUAGUUUCCGUCUUUUGGAACUGUUUUUUUUACUUAAUGUACAUUUUUCAAAAUGCAGGUUUUAUUUCGUGUGAUUUUUAAAUAAACUUCUUCAGUGUAGGAUAGGAAAGAUUUUUUAAUGCAUACUUAGUAUGCUGUCAAAUUGUUUGUUUUUAUAGAAAUUUAAAUUACAGUACCCUUCUAGUUACAUUGCAGCUGAAACAGUUUCACCAUUUUAUCAAAUUUAGAUUGCAAAAAAAUUGUUUCUACAGUAAUUUUCCUUUUUAUUACUGCUAUUUAAUUCUUGUAAUAGAUGGGACUUUGUAAUUUAAAGCUCUUUUAAGAUGGCUUACACACUUACAGCAAGUAUUUGAUAUUGUUUCUUCAGUUCAUCAAUUUUGGACAAAGAAAAUAUUUUCUGGCAUCUGUAUCAUAUGAGACUUAAAAUACAUUUAAUGUUCUACAUUUAAAAUCUAUGUUAAAAUUUGCAGUUAAAUAUUUACUGAUAUAGAAUGGAGGAAUUCUCAUACAUAAAUCAUUGCAUAUUUAUUAUAUUGGAACUGUUUAAAUCUCUAAAUUUGAUCAUCUUUGUCUUUCCCUGGUAUAUAUUAAAAUAGUAUGCCCUUUUUCAGUAAUAAUUUUAAAAGGUACUAUGAUUUUAACAACCUGAGUAGAAAAUCAUUUUUAAGCUUACUUAGAACUGUCCUAUGAAAUUGGAAUAUUUUUAAUAAAUAAUUAUUAUGGCUGAAGUAAGUACUUUUUUGAAGUAUUAUUGCAAAAAUGAACAUAUUAUUAAAUAUUACAUGGUUAAUUUUUACACUUAGAUAAAUAGAAUAUUUUCUUCAAGAAUUUCCUAUAAAGUUGACUCAAGUAAGCAUUUGGCUGAUCAAUUCCCAUGCUUUGUAAUAUUCAGGUAAGCAGAGAAGGAUUUUAUUUUUGAAAGCCCUGUUGUUUAAAAAAUUUAACACCCUACAAAAUACAAAAUAUGUAAUAUUUUUUAUUUGCACCUGGGUUGAAAAAAACAUUUCUUAAAACUCUUAACUUUAUUAUGAACAGGGUAUUUUUGAUCUAUCUAUAAUGUUGCAUUGCUGUAUUCAUAACAUUGCAUUUUAAAAUUAACUGUUUUUAAAAGUGAUCAAAUGCUCUUCAUAAUUGUAUAAUACAUCUUUCCUGAAAACAGCAUUAUGUUGUUUGGUUUUAAAAAAUAAUAAAAUCAUUAAGUAAAUGCCAUCUUAAAUUAAAAUUUAUGCAUGCAGUAUAUUGUAGAAAAACAUAGAUAUACUAUAAUACUCGUAUGUACUCAAACGUGCAUAAUCUGUACUCAAAUCAUUUUGUGAGGUUAUUGCACAAGUUCAUAAUCUGAAGUGCUGAAUGUAUAAAUAUUUGUGUUUGAGAUUUAUGUUCAUGUUCUUCACAUGGCUAUUUUGGGAGAAUUUUUUUGGCUAAUAUUGUCAACAUACAACCAUAUAUUGAACUAAGGUAUGAUCAAGUUCAUGUUAUUUUUUUCGGGGGGGGGGGUUUGGAUUUCUUAAAUGAAAAUAUUUUUUUAUUAUUUUAACAUGUUUUAUAAUUUUUAAUAGGUUUAACUCAAUGCUUUUAAUAAUUUAUUUCUAUUAUAUUUAAACUACUCUAAAUAACAUUGCAAUUUUUUAUGUAAAAUAUCCUGCUCCUAUCCUUUCUGAAAACAAAAAGUCCUUUAAAAUACUCAAAACAAUUAAAAAUAGUGUUGCUUAUCAUAUUCGUAUUUAUUUGUAACUGUGAUAUGACAAAGGGUACUGUAUGCUUGUUUUAUAUAUUGAUAUGGGAAGAUACUUGCAGUUCUAAUGGAAGCUGCAUUAAUUUCAAAAUAAACCAGAGGAUGAAAAUGCAUGAAACUUGAUAAAAAUGUUAAUAAUGCUUCAUGUGGUAAUUGUUGUUUAUCUCUGAACUGUAGAUUUUGUACUGCAAAUUGUAAACAAAUUUUUCUGUAGGAGAUUGAGAUGAACUAUUGUAAAUUGACAUUGAGAAGUUUGUAUAUUUAUUCAAAUAAUACACCAUUUGAAUAUAAUCCCCUAAUUCAUAUGUUUUCUGGGGUUCCUCUUCAAUUUUGCAAAUUGAUUUAAAUUUAUAAAAUAAAAUUAUUCUCACCUGUAUAGAUUUUUCAAAUGUUCCUGCCAAAUAGAUUUCUUGUGGAUUCUUCUGUUUAAUAAGAAUGUCUCGGUUCUGAUACUGAUUUUUUUUUUUUUUUUUUUUUGGUUGUUGUCAUAUUUCUAAUUUUUUAAUACAUAUACAUUUUUGUAAAUAUAUUUCCUCCUUGAAGAAUCUCACAUCCAGAUGUCAUAUUUCCUUCUGUAGAAAUAUUAGACUUCAUCCAUUCUGAUUGAAAUGACUUACUAAAAUAAGUAUACUUUGUGUGAAUAUUAAAAUCAUUUAAUAUUUACUAAAUCAUUUGAUAUAAAGUCACUUUCUGUAUACAUAUAUUGAUUCAUAUGACUUUUCAAAGCUGUAAUUCAUUUAAUGAUGUUUUUCAGUCUUAACGCUUUCCUUUGCAUGACAACUUAAUUUGCUUAUGAAGUGCUGUGCCCACUUUGUAUCUAUAAUCUUGCUGUAUGCAAAAUGUAUCCUGGUAUUUACUUUUGUAAUCUAUAAAAUUUAUUAAUUUUUACUUAUUCAAAGAAAGAUCAGACAAAAACAAGGUAAUACAUUCUGGUUACAGAACUUCAUGAGUUAUUCUAGCAGAAAUUAUUUGUUAGUGAGUAAAAUUUUAUAAGAAAAAAUUUGGUUAACCAUGGUGCUCUACUCUUCUACCUUAACAUGGUGCUGCUUUGAAAUUGGUUAUUCAUAUGUAUGACUAUAAGUAGCACUUUUCAAUGCCUUAUUCAAAUGCAGAAAUUAAAAACUUUUUUAAGAACCCUAAUUAUACAUUUAAGGUAAACAAAUGUAGAAUAGGAGUAACACUGGAAUUUCCCAUUGUGUGUAUUUCGAACUGUGCUGUUCCGUGAAAAACAUUUAUUGCAAUAGUUCACAUACUUAUCUUUGACUAAAUGAAAUUAUGACACAUAUGCAUGGCUAGGAUUUUGAUAAAUGCAUGGCAUUUAGACAAACAGUAGGCAUGUAAAACUUUCCAUGUGUUAUUAUUAUUAUUAUUAUUAUUAUUUUUUUUUCUUUUUACGUUAAUGACUUAAAAAUUUUUUCUCUUAGAAUCCCCCAUGACCAAAUUUUAAUCAACAAGGAUAUUGUGAUUCAUAUAACAAAAUGAAUUAUUUAUAUUACUUUAACCUGCUUUGCAAAAGAAAAUAGCUAUAAAGUUUUUUUUUUAAACCUGAAAUCUAGGUUUUUGAAAUUUUUCACUUUGCUAACGAAUUUUUUUUUCAAGUUUUACAUGAAUAUACCUCCUAUUUAUUUUAUUUUACCAUUUAAAGUUUUAUGAAUCUAAGAUUAAGACAAAAUUACCAAUGAAUUUAUCUAUUUUCUUUUACCAUAUGAUAGUUAGAAAUUGGUGAAAAUAAAUAAAGAUUAGACUUUGUGUAUUUUAAUAGACUUCAUAUGGGAAAUGAGAAUUACAUUUUUAUGCAAGUGAAAGUAUAUUCUCAUGUGGUUAGUCAAGACUGCAUAGUGUAUUUAAUUUUUGUUGGAAACUUUGCAACAAUUUUUUACAAACACUGAAAAAGGCAUAGUUAAAAAUAUUCUUUUUACAGUAUUGCAGUGCUGAAUGCUUUUAAGCAAUAAGUGUUUUAUGAAAAUGAUCUCUUUGGGAUUGCUUAAUACUUGCCUUUGUUUUUAUAUCUUAUAUCAUUCUUUAUCAAAACCCUAAUUACUGUGAUUUCUUAAGAUAAUGGAAGAUUUUUAAAAAUAAUUAUAUAAAAAUUUUAUACAUAAGUAGACCACACAACUUAUUAUAAAUUCUAUCUGCAUUAUGCUGUUAUGUCUGUGUUUUUUGUGUUAUAAGUUUUAUGUAUAAUUAAUGUAUAUAAUAUUUAUGUUAAAGUCGUAUAUAUUAAAACAAAUUUUGCAUUCAUUCAACUUUGUUGAAGUAGAUUGUGAUCUCUCUAGUAUUGUAACAAAAUUGUCUGAUGAAUAUUUAAGGAGUUUAAAGUUCUUAUAUUUAACUUUUCUGAAUCAUCAGACAAGAGAAUGUAAAUUUCAUAUUGCAAUUGUCAAUGGAUGCAUAAUAUAUUUUUAAAACCCUUGUGUGCUGGGUUUCAUUUUAUUUGUGAAUAUUUGUCUUCCGAGUCUCUCAAAUGCUUAUUUAUUGAACAUUCCUGUAUCAAAGCUGGUUAUACAUUAUGUAUAUUAUUGUGUUAGUUGUACAAAUUAAAGGUGGACUCUAGAGCUGUACUUCAUAAAAAAAAA